UGUUCAAACGAACACGGCGCAUACGAAGAGUCGCUCAGCCACGCAACCUGCUCCAGCUGCCUCGGAUCAGGAUCUCUGCUCACUCCUUCGUCCUUGGCACCGUCGAUGCUACCCCGCCAGCACUCGAACGCUUCGAGCUUCCUCCCCCCAGGGUCUCGAGGCGCAGAGCAGAAGCUGGCCAAGGACAAAGACAAGGACAAGGAUAAAGACUCCCGCAAGAAGGGAGGGUCGAAUCCUCCCAAACCUUUGCAAGAGACUGUUGUGGAAUCUCAGCGUGAUGUUCGCCCUCGCAAGCGCCAGGAUUCGGCGCCUGCACCGUCUAGCGUGCGCUCACCUCCUCCCGCAAACCCCGCUCAAUCUACGCGUCCUGCGGCAUAUGAAGUGGUAGCGUCGCCUCGUCGUAGGGAACAUGCUGACAUCCCAGCACAGGCCGCACCACCCGCUCCUGCGGUAGAGUACCUGACGGUCCCAUCAGCGGGUAUGGGGGUGCCGCCUUCGAAUGGUAUGCCUACGUUGAGUGGGAGAAGCCCUACAAAGAUGUUCAGUCCAUUCCCGUCCGUUGAAGCGGUGGAUGGAACUGUGGCCAAUACGGUGACAGGGGCCGACUCUACCAGAAGCUCCACCGCAGGAAGACUCUCUCCCCCUUUGCGCGACCCGCAGACGGCUACACACGACUGGAGGAACAAGGAGGAAGCUGAGUUUCGUGGUCGUGGCACGCGUCGGCGCCGGCCUGGCGUGACGUUUGACAGGACCACUACCAUCCGCGCGCCGAGCAAG